AUGCUGAGGUCCUCGUCACGCUUGGGAAGGUCCAGACCCUCUGGGAGCUUGGGGAGACCAGUAGGCUUGGGAAGGCCGGUGGGGAGGUGGAAUGGGAGGUCUGUUGGGAGACCUGUUGGCAGCUUGAAUGGCAGGUCCGAAGGAAUGGGGAAGGGAACAUCAGUUGGGAUACUGAGGUCCUCGUCGCGCUUCAAGGGAAGACCGGUUGGAAGAGGGAAUGGCAGGUCGCUUGGGAGACCGGUUGGCAGCUUGAAUGGCAGGUCCGAAGGAAUGGGGAAGGGAAGAUCAGUUGGGAUACUGAGGUCCUCAUCGCGCUUCAAGGGCAAGCCUGUAGGCAGGCUGAAUGGCAGGUCAGAUGGGAGACCUGUAGGCAGCUUGAAAGGCAAGUCUGUGGGAAUCGGGAAAGGCAGAUCAAGGCUGCGCUUAUCGUUCUCAGACUCAGCAGGGUCUGAGUGCUUGGGGAGGUCGGUGGGAGGUGGAGGAGGAGGUCCAUCAGGGACACCUGUUGGCUCCUCGCGCUUCUCAUUGCCACUGGGAGGAGUGAUGGUGUAG